GGGCAAGGGAAAAAGGGGCUAAAAAGCAUCUUCUUUUAACUCAAAUACUCAACUCCCACCAAAAAACACAGCGGCUAGGGAAAAAAAAGGUGGCAAUAAAUGUUUCACAACUGUACCAUCAAAACCCAAUAAAUGCAAUCCCAACCACACAAGAGUUGUAACAUUUUCAAUUCCCCCUUAUAAAUAUGUGUAUAUCUCCAAAAACCCAUUUACCCAAGCCCCCAAAACAAAAUUCAAUUUCAUUAAAAUAACACAUUCCUCCCCAACUCUUUCUCCUUUUAUCACUUCAAGCCCCAAUCAUGGCCGGCGAAAUUUCCAAGGAGGAGAAGAAGCCCGAAGCCGGAAACGUGAAAAUCCUCGGCAAAGCAAACGUGAAGCCCAAGAAACCCAUCGCCCGGCAGGAGUGCCAGCUGGUCACUUUCGAUCUCCCUUAUUUAGCAUUUUUCUAUAAUCAAAAAUUGCUCGUGUACAAAAAUUGCGAGGAUUUUGAGGCGGUGGUGGAGAAAUUGAAGGAUGGGCUGGCUCUGGUUUUGGAGGAUUUUUACCAGCUGGCGGGGAAAUUGGACAAGGACGAGGACGGCGUGUUCAAGGUGGUGUACGAUGAUGGUGAUGCUGUCGGGGUCGAGGUCGUGACGGCGGCGGCGGAGGAUAUCGCGGUGGCGGAGCUGACGGCGGAGGAGGGGACGUCUAAGUUCAAGGAGCUGCUGCCGUACAAUGGGGUGCUGAAUCUGGAGGGACUGCAGCGGCCGCUGCUGGCGGUGCAGCUCACCAAGCUCAAGGAUGGGCUUGCCAUGGGCUGCGCCUUCAACCACGCCAUCCUCGACGGCACCUCCACGUGGCACUUCAUGAGCGCGUGGGCCCACAUCUGCAGUGGGCCCACAACCCCCAACCCGGCCCGUCCCUUCCUCGACCGCACCAAGGCCCGCAACACCCGAGUCAAGCUCAACCUCUCCCAACCGUCCGAUGCGCCCGAGCACGCCGCCAACGGCAAGCCCGAAACCCCCCUCCUCCGCGAGAAGGUCUUCAAGUUCUCCGAGCCCCAAAUCGACCAAAUCAAGCGCAAAGCCAACGUCGGGCCCGGCCCAAAACCCUUCACCACAUUCCAAUCCCUCUCGGCCCACGUGUGGCGGGCCGUCACCCGGGCCCGCGGGCUCGCCCCUGAGGACUACACUGUUUUCACGGUGUUCGCCGAUUGUCGGGCCCGCGUGGAGCCCUCGAUGCCCGAGACCUAUUUCGGGAACCUAAUCCAGGCGAUCUUCACGGUGGCUCCGGCCGGGCCCGUCGCGAACGGGCCGGACGAUUUUGGGCCGGGCCUCAUACGGGCCGCGAUCGAGGCCCACAAUGCGGAGGCCAUCAAGAAGAGGAACGAGGAGUGGGAGGCGAGCCCGGUUAUUUUUCAGUACAAGGACGCGGGAGUGAACUGCGUGGCGGUCGGGAGUUCGCCGAGGUUUAAGGUGUACGAGGUGGAUUUCGGGUGGGGAAGCCCGGAAAGCGUGAGGAGCGGGUCGAACAACCGGUUUGACGGGAUGGUGUAUUUGUACCCGGGUAAAAGUGGGGGGAGGAGCAUUGAUGUGGAGAUUAGCUUGGAGGCCAAAGCUAUGGAGAGGUUGGAGAAGGAUAAGGAGUUCUUGUUGGAGGUUUGAACUUUGAAGAGGCUAUUGAGAGAUUUGGAUGGCUAAUAAUGUUGUUGAUUGUUACUUUUCUUUUUUUUUUGAAAUGGAUUUUAACGAGUUUGUUUUGUAACUUGGUGGUGUCUUGUUUUGUUUUGCCUUUUAGUUGAUGAUGAAUGUUGGUAAUUUGGAUUGCAAGUUCUAUGGGGCUUGGCUUGAUGUUGAUGUCCAAGUGAAAUUGUUGUUUUUAAGGUUUUCCUCUUUUUGAUUUUUUCUUUCUUUUUAUACCGCGUUCUUGAAUAGAUGUGUAAAUGAGCUGAGCCAUACUCGAGCUCGAGCCGGGAGUUAUUAUGCUGAUAAACAAGCUCAAGGUUGACUCGUUUAUCA